CAGCUCUCCCCUGGAGUCACCAGAGCACACAAACAAGACCUAAUUCAAGUAUUUAAGGCACAUAUUCAGUGUCUGCACUCGUGUUCCACCAUGGCCAAAGCUAGCAUUUUUGUCCUUCUUGCCUCAACACUUUUCUGCUGUCAGGCUGCUCCGGUGGAUCGUCAUGCUGUUUCAGACGUACAUUGUCCUCUAAACGUAAAGAUCCUGGACGCAUUGAGAGGCGCACCUGCUGGAAACGUGGCACUUACGGUCUUCCGCCAAGGUGCUGAUAAAACAUGGGAAAAAGUUGCCAGUGGGAAUACAAAUAUAGCUGGAGAGGUUCAUGAACUUCUCUCCGACCAGGAUUUCAAACCUGGUGUGUAUCGUGUCGAGUUUGAUACCAAAACCUACUGGAAAGCAGAAGGUCGCACAUCAUUCCAUGAAGUCGCUGAAGUGGUGUUUGAGGCUCAUGCAGAAGGACAUCAUCAUUACACUCUGGCCCUGUUACUAAGCCCCUUCUCCUACACCACAACAGCUGUAGUGGGGAAAGAACAUGAAUAAAUACACACAGCAUGCCAAAUACCCACACCACCCACAUUUCCCAUACCCGUAAACAGGUCACCACGAUGAACACAUUCAAGAAAGAGAUUACUCUCUGAGUUUUCAACUAUAAACUCUUUUAAUGGUCAUUACAGAGUGUAUCGCAGUGAGCAAACCGGUAACAGUAAAGAGACCGGAAAAACGGGGGAAAAAAGGAACAUCAGGAUUGUACACAUCAGUCAAAGCAGUCAAUAUCGCUCAUCCCCUUUCCAAAAAGAGUGCUGCAGAAAACAACAUGGACCCUGAAAAACAGUACGAGACACAGAGGAAAGGGUCCCCUGGCUUUCUGCUCCAAUUCAUUCGUUUUUAAUGUUUUAGAAGACUACACAUUUAAAUCCAGAUUUAAAUUAAAUACUUCUGAAAAAUAAA